AUCAAAAUGUUGAAUACAAAUUUUUGUCGCUAUAAAGCAUUACUGAAACUAUCACAGAGUGCGUUAAAUUCAGAUCUUGGCAACAAAAUCGGUUUGCGAUUUUAUGCAGGUAAGGUUAUUUAUUCAUCAGAGUCACCUCAGAAUCUCUGGUAUAAAUCUGAGAAUCCUAAUGAACAAGAACGCACACUUGGAAACCAGAGGUUUACUCAAAAAAAUUCAAGAUAUGAAAAAGAAUGUGAACCUAGAAAUUCUUAUGGACAAGGGCAAAAUAAUUUUAAGCAAGAAGCAUUAUACAAAAAAAAUUAUGGUCAUAGAAAUAAUUCUUACCAAAUGAAAAAUAAACACAGGAAUACUAGUGAAAAAAACACAUAUUUUGACCAAGGAAUUAAUGCACCAACAGAGAUAUUUGAUGCAAAAUAUGCAUUUCUAGACAAUACUAAUAAAGUUGUAAUUAAGCCUAGAAAUCCUCACAAAAAAGAUGAUUAUGAUUCAACAGAAAAUCAACAAUGCAAGAGAAAUUAUAAAAUUACAGAUAAUCCUUUAUAUUCUAAAGUACUACCGUGUGAAGACGACAGAAUAGAUGAUGGUAUUGAGUUAAAAAGUGAUCAUGUUGAUCAUGAUAGACCGGUUAAAAAGCUAAAAAAAAAAUAUAGUUUUGAUAGUAAUUUGGUAUUUGAAGAAUCAGACAUUGAUAAUGCCUCUCCACUAAAAAUAGAUAUUAUCAAUGUAUCUAAUGAAAACAAUACUCCUGAAUGCAUUGUUGAUACAACUAGUACUGAUUCUAUUACCAAUACCAGUUUAAUUAAAACUAAUUUGAAACCGAGAUUGAAAACUAUUGAUACUCCUGAAGGACUAGUAACUUUAAAUUUAACAGAUGAUGAAUUUGAUUUGGAUGAUUUUAUAAAAGAAUUCAAUGAGGAAAUUCCAGGACCAUUAGAUGAGUGUAAUGAAGAUAUAUCUUAUUUUGGCCCAGACUUUUCGCCAACAUUUAAUUUUGCUGCUUACGCUGAUAAGUCAAAACUAAUCCAACAAUAUGUUAAACUAGGAGUUAAAUUAUACAAAGUAGAGAAAAAUAUGGAUCAUAUGAGAGCUCUUUUAUCAGUAGAUUUAGAAAAGGAGUUACCAAUAUAUAUUCAAUUCCUUCAUGACUGUGGCAUACCAGCAAACUGCUUAGGUGAUGCCAUAACAGAGAGUCCAAUGCUACUAAAAGAAGAUCUCGACGACAUGAAAACAAGGAUAAGAUAUUUAAGAGCCCAUAACUUUACACCAGGCAGUAUAUCAAGAAUUAUUACAAAGAAUCCUUCAUGGCUUCUUUGGGCAACAAAAUUUAUUGAUGAAAGACUUGGCCAUUUUCAGAAUGAGUUCAAGCUAGGAGGUUCUGACAUGCGAUUUCUAGCAACUAAAGCACCAAAAUUGAUUACUUAUCCAAUGAGGCAUGUCAAUGAAAAUACUUUUGCUAUAAGAGAACAAAUGGGCUUCAAUAAACUUGAAACUAAACUUUUGUUGUUAUAUAAACCUCGUCUUUGGAUGAAUUCAAGGCGAAAAAUUGUUGACAGCUUUGAUUAUCUUCAUAAUACUAUGCAAUUGUCACACGUGAUGAUAGCUUCUCAAGCUGAUGUUCUGACAACUCGAAAAAGUCGUAUUAAGAGUCGGCAUGAAUUUUUAGUAGAAUUGAAGAAGGCUCAAUAUGAUCCUAAGAAACCUGGAUACAUUGCACCAAGGACGAUUGUUAUUGGUUCUGAUGCCGAUUUUUGUACAAAAGUCGCAAAAACUGCUGUAGAUACCUAUAAUUUAUUUUUAAGAACUAGAUAAAACUACCCUGAUUUUAUGGAAAUAAAUUUUAUUGUACAGUUGAAUAAAUUUAUACAUCUUGUCAUUAUGUAAAACAAGAGAUUCAAGACUUUU